AUGAACAAUGGGUUCAGCGGGAAGGUGCGGAUAAACAAGAUGGGGCAAUCUGGUUCCACUAGGAGGCUGUUUGACAACCGAGAGAAGCAAGGGAUGUCUGGCUCUGGCCACGACGUGCUAUAUGAGACAUGGUGUCGUAAUGCCGAUCUCAUCUUCCAGAACGCUUCCACCACGGCCCUUGCACAGGGUUGUGCGGGACACAGACGCCCCGGAGAUGGUUCGGCCGGAGACACCCCGUCUCAGCCGCCGCCGGCCCACUCGGGGUGUGGGGGAGGAGGGAACUCUGCUGCUCUGUCGAGGGCGGAGGCUACGAAAGGGCAGGAGAACGAGCGGGAAAAUACCAACUUACUGGUUCAACGCGGCAUCCAGAUUGUAAUUAUUGUUUCUCAGGUACUGUCGCAUUUCGUCCAACGGUCAGCGCGUGUCAUGCAAGGCAAGGAUCGCAGGCCCAUCGGUAUCGGGCCGAAAGAGCACCCCAUCGGCGAUGCGGUGCGAGAGAGCGCGACGGUAGUGGUAUUCGGGAGCACUGCGCGGGGCAGCAAAAGAAAAAGGAGGACAAGAAAGUGA